UUUUUUUUUUUUCUAAUGCAGCUUUCUCUUCGGAGUAUUACUUGUCGCUGGCUGGUUUGAAACGCCUCAAGGGUAUUUAGGUGCUUCUUCCGCGCAACAAGUGCUGGAUACGCUGAGCCUCCCAAACUGCGAGGUUUCACUUGUGAAAAGACUCUUUUGUCUCAAAUUCCAUUAUCGCACGUUUGAUGGCACAUGCAACAAUCUCUGCAACAUUACAACCGGAGCCGCCUUUACACCGCAUGAUCGGUUCCCAGGCUUAGAUCCUCCUACUGCGUAUGAACAACCAGGCAACCAACCUCGGCAAUUCUCGUCCGUAAGAUUUAAAGGCAAGCGCAUUCGCCUCCUAAAUACGAGGUUUGUUAGCAAGAUAGUGUUUGAUAACUAUCCAGACCGAGCAAGUUUUACCCACAUGGUAAUGACGUGGGGUCAAUUUUUGGACCAUGAUCUCACGCUCACUGAAUUCACUGUGGGGGUCAACCCACAGCUCGAUUGUGGCACGAGCCAGGAACCUUGCCCCAGCCUGAUUGAAAAACCUUUCUGCUUCGGAGUCAACAUCAGCUCCAGGGUAAGGCUAUCGGGCGAUCCUCUUGCACGGUGUACUCCUCUUGUCAGGUCAGAGCAGAACAGCCACGGCAAUCAGAUAAACGAGAUAACCGCUUACCUUGAUGGAUCACAAGUGUACGGCUCAGAUCUCGAGACAGCAAAAAGCCUUCGCUUCUUCAAACUGGGACUUUUGAUAGUUGAACCUUUCAUUAACAGCAGCGACUUACCCAUUCUUCCAGCACAGGAGUCUGUGGGCGGUGAAGCAGGCUUCUGUAGAUCUAACGAUACUGAAACUCAGCCUUGCUUCAGAGCUGGGGAUCCUCGAGUGAACGAAAAUCAAGCCUUAAUGGCAAUGCACGCUCUGUGGGUUCGUGAACACAACCGUAUUGCCAAACACCUGUUCACUCUGAAUCCAUCGUGGAAAGACGAGAAACUCUAUCAAGAGGCGCGCCGAAUCGUUGGUGCCAUGUUACAACACAUUACAUAUAAUGAGUGGUUGCCAACACUCAUCCCCAGUCAAAGAUUGGUAAGACCUGCAAGGAAUAACAUAAUGUAAUAAUUCAUCCUUUCUUUUCUCGUUUAAGCAAAAAAUACGUAGAUAUAUAUUUAUUUACAAGUUCUUUUCAAAGGGUUGACAUGGACACACACCAAGGGCUUAUCCACAAACUUAAAGGAUUGAUCCGCCUUUUACAGCAAAUGCGUAGGUGAUGACAUCACCGUAGUGAUGACCCUUAGAAUACGUGCAAAGUACAGUUAACUUCGCUUCGCGAGGAUUGCUUUCCUUCGGCAAAGUUAUAAAGCGAUUGAUUCAUGCCUCUAGCUGUGCAUCAGCAACUUAUGAUGCAGUUCAGUGUAACGUAUAGAAAGUACUCAAGACGCUAAGCUAGUCUUCUUCGGGCAAUUCGUACGCUUCUUUCCUGCUCUAGCGCUCUCCAAACUUCGUGCGUGCAUCAUAUCUCGGCGAAACACGCUAAAGCAUGAAUCAAUUGCUGACUUUUUAUUUUGAUCCGGGGCGCUCCAAGUGAAUGGAUAUUUGCUAUCAGCAGUACACCGUAUAAUCUAAGAGAUUCUGAGAUCAAACUAGACUUUCCCAAGCCGCGCAAACUGCAAGCGUGGCUUUCACCUAUAGCGGGGCGCUAUUAUGGAAUGACCAGCCC